CCCUCUCGGCCCCGCCCCCUGGCGGCCGCGCACGCGCACUGCGCCGGGCCCAUCCCGCGGAGCCGCAGGCCUCGCCAUGACCAAGGAGCGCGGGGGGGACCCCCCGGCGGGGGGGGCGCCGCCCCCCGACCCCCCCAGCCCGGUGGUGGAGCGGCGCAAGAAGCCGAUGGUUCAUCCCGCCGCCCCCGCCCCCCUGCCCAAGGACUACGCCUUCACCUUCUUCGACCCCAACGACGCGGCGUGCCGGGAGAUCCUGCUGGACCCGCGCACCUCGGUGCCGCAGCUCUUCGCCAUCCUGCGCCAGUGGGUGCCGCAGGUGCAGCACAGCGUGGACAUCAUCGGCAACGAGAUCCUGCGCCGCGGGUGCCACGUGGACGACAGGGACGGACUGACGGACAUGACGCUGCUGCACUACGCCUGCAAGGCCGGCGCCCACGGCGUGGGUGACCCCGCGGCCGCUGUCCGUCUGUCCCAGCGGCUGCUGGCGCUGGGCGGGGACGCGGGGCUGCGCAGCCGCUGGACGCACAUGAACGCGCUGCACUACGCCGCCUACUUCGACGUGCCCGAGCUCAUCCGCACCCUGCUCAGGGCCGCCGCCCCCCGGGUGCUGCACUCGACCUGCAGCGAUUUCAGCCACGGCACCGCGCUGCACAUCGCGGCCUCCAACCUGUGCCUGGGGGCGGUGCGCUGCCUGCUGGAGCACGGCGCCGACCCCGCCCUCAGGAACAGCAAGGGCCAGGUGGCGGCCGAGGUGGUGCCGGACCCCACGGACAUGGCGCUGGACCGCGCCGAGGCGGCCGAGGCGGCGCGGGAGCUGCGGCGGCUGCUGCUGGACGCGGUGCCGCUGAGCUGCAGCCUGCCGCGCGUCACCCUGCCCAACUACGACAACCUGCCCGGGACCCUGAUGCUGCUGUGCCUGGGGCUGCAGCUCGGGGACAGGGUGCGCCUGGACAGCGGAAAGGUGGGCACGCUCCGGUUCUGCGGCACCACGGCCUUUGCCAGCGGGCAGUGGGCCGGCGUGGAGCUGGACGAGCCCGAGGGGAAGAACGACGGCAGCGUGGGGGGGGUCCGCUACUUCAUCUGCCCCCCCAAAACCGGGGUCUUCGCCUCGGUGUCGCGCAUCUCCAAGGCCGAGGAGCAGCCCCCGGCGCCGUCGCCCCCCCCGAGCCCCCCGGGACCCCCGGCCCGAGCCCCCCACAAACCCCGCAAGGACAAGAGAGGCUCGCGGAAGCGCGCGGGGGCGUGGCUGGACCGCGAGGGGCGGCGCGUGGCGCCGGGGGACGCGGUGCUGGUGGCCGGGCAGCGCCAGGGCCGGGCACGCUUCUACGGCCGCACCGACUUCGCCCCCGGGUACUGGUUCGGGGUGGAGCUGGACUCGGCGGGGGGCAAACACGACGGCUCCGUUUUCGGGGUGCGCUACUUCACCUGCCCCCCCAAGCACGGCGUCUUCGCACCCCCCUCCCGCGUCCAGAGGGUCGGGGGUCCCAAGGAGGAGCCCGGGGAUGGCACCAACGAAAAGAAGGCACCGCCCGUCACAGUGUCACAGCCCAAGCGCUUCCCGGCCGUGCGGACCCCCAAGGACAUCACAUCCGAGAGCUCCUUCUCCAGGCUGCUGUUCUGCUGCUGGUUCCCGUGGAUGCUCCGGGCCGAGAUGCAGUCCUAACCCCUCCCCCACCCCUCCCCUCCCCCACCCCGCCGCCCCUCCCCCACCCAGUGCCUUGGUGCCCCUCCCCCACGCGGGGAGCCGUGAUGUGACCCCCCCCAAUGUCCCCCCCCAAUGUCCCCCCCCGUCCCCCAAUGUCCCCCCCGUCCCCUCCCCCUCCUCCCGGGCUGUUCCUUCUGGAACCUUCCGCACUGGGGGGGGGCUUGGGCGCGGCCCCUCCCCCGAAUUUGGGGCCAAAUCUGCCGGGAACGGCGGUGGGGGAGGGGUGAGACCCCGUAAAUCCCCCCCAAAUUCCGAUUUUGGGGUCAAAUUUCCCAAAUUUGGGGCCAAAUCUGCUGAUAACAGCGGUGGGGGAGGGGCCAGACCCCCCCAAAUUCCGAUUUUUGGGGCCAAAUCUGCCGAUAACAGCGAUGGGGAUAAGCGACCACAGCCCCCCUCCCACCCCCCAAAUUUUGGGGGUGUUCACUCUGGAAUCGAUUAAUUAAUUAAUUAAUUAAUUGAGUUUAGGCCACGCCCCUUCCCGGAACGUUUUGUGGCUCCCAAAUCCCAAUUUUUGGGGCUUUUCACUUUGGAAUUUCUGGAUUAUUUUUGGCGGGGGGGGGGUCGAUGCCACGCCCACUCCCAAAAAUAUUUUUGGGGAAUCCCACCCCCCCCAAUUUUUGGGGCUGCUCCCUCCAGAACCAAUUAAUUAAUUAAAUUAAUUAAUUAACGUCGGGAAUCGAUGCCACGCCCCUUCCCGGAAUUAUUCUGGGGGUCCCAAAAUCUCGAUUUUUUUUAAUUUUUAAAUUUUUUUAAUUUUUCCCCCCCCUCCCCAAAAAGAGGCCCCGAAGUGGGGGAGGGGUCCCGAGGGUCCCUCCUGGCCGCCCCUCCCCCCCCCGCAGUAGCAAUAACGCCCCUCCCCCCCCGCGCUCGUGACAGUGGCUUUAAUGUCCCCAAAUGUCCCCGAAUUGUCCCGAAUUGUCCCGAAUUUCCCCUCCCCCGCUGCCGCAUGGGCCCCCCCGGAGCCGCUUCUGCCACCAAUAAAAUCCUUUGUACCGGAAAAAUG